AUGUCAUUAUCGAUUCGCUGUCUGCACACUCGACCGGACCUGAUCGUCUCGUGCUCAAAUCUGUUGAAAAGCGUCUGGCCCUGUUCCAGGAUUGAGCGUCUGCAGCAUUUGGAGAACGAGAACUGCACUGGGUUCCCGUGUUCGUUAGUUCUCAUUGACCAUGGAGAGAACCGGCCAGAUUCCGUAAUCGGACAUUUCCGGAUUGUUCCGGUAAAGUUCCCGAUUCAACCGAAUAGCGUGUAUCUUGAGGCAGGUUGUGUAGACAAAUCCAGACAAUUGGAGGGAUUGUACAAACAAAUGCUGAAUUUUGCCGACAAAUAUGCGUUUGAAACCUUGGAGUGUCAACAGAUCUUUGCGUGGAUUUUAAAGAAUUCGAUCACGUUUUUCAAACGUGGAGGAUUUGUUGAAUGCCCCGACUUUACGGUCCGAGCAGUUGGAGCUAAUGCACUGGAACCAUUUGGCACCCCGAGGUUUUGGACCAAAGACACACCGCCCCCUGAUAACUUGAAGUUCGCCCCUGAUGGUUUCAUCAUUACGAAGGACGCCUUGCUGAACACGGUCAUGAUGAAGAAAACGUUUCGAACCAAGAUGGAACUUUGA